AUGUCCACAAUUAAGAAAACAUUGCUUAGAUAAAAACAAUAAAAAUGUGAAAUAUGUAAUAAAAAUUUUACAUUGUAAAUUUAAAUCUAUAUUAAUUCAGAUUAUUACAAUAACAUUAAUGUAAGAGAUGUUAAAGAGCUGUUUGUUUUGAUUGUGGAAAAUUUAAGGGAUUAGUAAUAAAAUAUAUUAAUUUGAGGUCAUUGAUUAUGAUCUCAAAUAAUAACAUAGAGUAUGUACAAUUUGCAAAGACGAAUAGAAUAACAUAUAAGACUUGAUAUCAAAAGAAUAAUUAUUAUUCAAUAAGAAUUCUCAUAUUACUAAAGAAUGGCUACAAUAUUUUUUUAUAGAUAAGUAUAGAAUAUAAUUAUUUAGAGCAAAAGAAUAAAUCAUUAAUGAUGAUUAUUAUACAAAAUUAGCAGAAAGCAAAAGAAAUUUAUCAUAAUAAGUUUCUGAGAAUCUUAAAUUAAUAUAAAGUUAUGUAAAUCAAGUAUAAGAUUAUUUAUUAAGUCAAGAUUCGUUCUAAAUAUAAUUAUUCUAUGAUAGAAUUUGA